AUUACCGGCGCUGAAUGCACCGUACGUCCGCCUCUCUCUCUACACUUUCGUUUACUUUGAUAAGAAAAAAGAUUAAAUCUGAUACCUCCUCUGGCGGAUUCCGGGCGUCUAGUCUGUUUUCAGGGAAACGUAAACAAACGUACGACAAAGAGAGGCCGCGAUCGGUGGGGAUUGUCCGAGAGUAUUCAUUGCGAUAAACGCUCCCUGCGGCUUCUCGACAAUUGUUCAUCUUACGCUGCUCGCGAUGAACAUUGAAUCGCCGUGCUGAUCUUUGUAAACUCGCCGCAUCGCACGCGUCGGAUUUAACAGGAAGAUAGAGCCCGGCGCAAGUAGCCCCUUAAAAUGGCGUUACGCACCUACGGAGACAAGCCGAUAAGUUUCCAAGUAGAGGAGAAUGGCGAGUAUUACUGCAUCGGGUCGGAGGUCGGCAAUUACCUGCGCCUCUUCCGCGGGUCCCUGUACAAGCGGUAUCCUGGCAUGUUCAGGAGAUCCAUUACCAACGACGAGCGUAAGAAGCUGGUGGAGCUCGGGCUGAGUCAGCAUGUUCUCGCGUCCAGCGUCUCGCUGCUGCGAGCCAGCGAGGUGGAGGACAUUAUCGAGGGUAACGACGACAAGUACAAAGCCGUGUCCGUGCACUCGACCGAGCCACCGGCGCCUAGAGAAGGUAAAUCCAAAAAGUCGAUGGCAUGGGUGCCCAGCCUGCCCAACAGUUCGCACCUGGACGCGGUUCCGCAGGCCACGCCGAUAAAUCGCAACAGAGUGCACAAUAAGAAAGUUAGGACGUUUCCGUUGUGUUUCGACGAUACGGACCCGUCAGCGAACCUGGAGAACGCGGCGCAACAGGAAAUGCUGGUCCCAAUACGCUUAGACAUGGAAAUUGAAGGCCAGAAGUUGAGGGACACUUUUACUUGGAAUAAAAAUGAGAGUCUCAUAACGCCCGAGCAAUUUGCCGAAGUGCUGUGCGACGAUUUAGACUUAAAUCCGUUGACCUUUGUCCCUGCGAUCGCGCAGGCGAUACGGCAGCAAAUAGAAGCGUUCCCUCAGGAGACGAUUCUGGAAGAUCAGUGCGAUCAGAGAGUGAUAAUUAAAUUAAAUAUACACGUGGGCAACACCUCUUUGGUAGACCAGGUUGAAUGGGACAUGUCUGAAAGGGAGAACAAUCCAGAAAAGUUUGCGAUGAAGCUGUGUGCGGAGCUUGGCCUCGGCGGAGAGUUUGUCACCGCCAUCGCUUACAGUGUGCGCGGGCAAUUAUCGUGGCAUCAAAGAACGUACGCGUUUUCUGAAGCACCUCUGCCAACCGUAGAAGUCCCCUUUAGACCUCCGUCAGAGGCCGAUCAAUGGGCGCCGUUCUUAGAAACACUAACAGACGCGGAGAUGGAAAAGAAGAUACGCGAUCAAGAUCGAAAUACUCGACGUAUGCGACGUUUAGCAAACACGACACCUGGCUGGUAAAAAACCACAUCUUGAGAAAGAAAUUGUAUACCAUUACAUUUGUCACCCAGAACCAUCCUAAUUUUUUAGUGUGUCCUCGUAUUUAUAAGAUUUAUAAGUAUCAAUUUCUAAUAAGAUACCAUCGUAGAGUAUGAAAUAUGCGGAAGUAACUAUUUGUAAAAAUAACAGAUAUAUGGUUGCAUUUGUUGAACAAAAAGUUAAUGUAACUACGUAAUCAGUCAUCAUUGCUUAUGGAACGUUCUUGUAUACAGAAUAUUCCAAAUCCAAUGAGUCAUUCUUCAAUUUAGAGUCUACUUUUUUCAUUUUUAUAUGUAUAUUGAAUAUCUUUCCAAUUUAAUUUAUUAUACGUGACAACAGGCAACUUGUUUGUGUCAUUGUGUGUGACGAAUGUUGUCUUACGAAACAUGGUACGAUAUCAACAACGUUAUUGACACGUACAUAUCGCGUAACACUAAUCGAAGUUUGAUAACAGCUGACUGUGACGCAAUCUUAUAUAAUAUAGUAAGAAAUGCAAUUAAAAUCGUUUCAUAUGUGAAAAUUAUAUAUUACAUCGAA